AUGCAGUGCAACUUCAAUGGGACUGUGCUGAUCACAGUUCUCCCUCCACUGCUGGUGAUGGAGUUUAUUUUGGGAUUACUUGGAAACGCUUUGGCUCUGUGGAUCUUCUGCUUCCACCUGAGGCCCUGGAAAAGCAGCACGGUGUUGGUCUUCAACCUGGCGAUGGCUGACUUUCUGCUCAAUGUGGCUUUGCCUUUCCGUGCCAGCUACUACAUCUCGGGGAUCAAAUGGAUGUUUGGCAAUUCCCUCUGUAACAUCUGCCUCUUCAUGCUGGCUAUGAAUCGCAGCGGAAGCAUCUUCUUCCUGAUGGCUAUCGCUGUGGACAGAUACAUGCGUGUGGUGCAUCCCCAUCAUUCCAUCAACUCCCUGAGUGUCUGCAAAGCUGCCAUUGGAGCGCUUGGAUUGUGGCUGGUCGCCUUUUCAAUGACUGCUCAUGUCUUCACUCUACAACAUGUGAACACGACCCACUGCGAGAGCUUCACGAUUGAGACCAAGCAUCAAAACAAUCUGACUUGGCAUAAAUUUGUGUUCCUCUUUUCCUUCUACGUGCCUCUGCUUGUGAUUCUCUACUGCACAGUGCACAUCAUCAGCCACCUGAGAAGGAGACAGCUGGCCCAGCAUGCAAAGAUUAAGAAGGCUCUGUACUUCAUGGUAGUAGUGGUGGUGGUCUUCAUCGUUUGCUUCCUGCCGAGCAACAUCACACAGCUGCUGAUCUGGAUCAAGACCAGGGAGGUAACCAGCACCCUCCCUGAACCUGACAUCUGUCCUGCCCUGGAGGACCUGACCUCUGCAUUUUACAUCACCAUCAGCCUGACUUAUCUGAACAGCACCAUGGAUCCACUGAUCUACUACUUCUCCAGUCCUGCCUUUAAGAGCAUUUUCAGGAAAGCUCUUCACCUGCCCCAAGCAGACACUGUCGAAAGUGCUGAGAAGAAAACUCGGGAGACUGGCUCCCAGUCGCUCAGCCAGCUGUGAAACCAAGGAAACAUGACAUGCAGCUUUGCAGCGGAAAUAAUGACUAAUACUCAGUUUCUGAAGCUUCUCAGUAAGUUGUCAUGCAAGUGCAACAGCUGAUAAGAUAUUAUUUCUAUUU